CAAGCAGUGUCUUUAAAAGGGGCCAGCACACGACCCCCAGCCCACCCAGUGCGGAACAGGUCUGGUCGACGGGAAACCGUUAUUUCCACCAUGAAGUUCCUGGCGCCGGUUAUUCUCACUGCGUUGAUCUCCGUCGCUGCGUCAGGCAGUGUUCGUUCUAACGUCUGCCCUUCCCCCUAUGAGCCCCUGGACGAAACGAGGUGCAUUUUCGUGGACGCCUUUGUAGCCUACACUUGGCAAGAAACGGUUGACUUAUGCAAGACCCACGGCGGGGAGAUCCUGAUGAUCGAGGACUGUGAGACGUUCGCCCUAGUCUACGACUACGUCAGGAGCCAGGAUGCCACAAAAGGAAAACACUACUGGAUAGGAGCAACAGAUGAAGUAGAAGAAGGCGCAUGGAAAUUUGUAAACAACAAACCCACUCCCAUGGGCAUUCCUUUCUGGGGUGUAAACGAGCCUAACAAUGGGAAUACCUACAACUGCGCUUUUAUGCAUGCUUCUUAUAACCAUUAUUGGUACGAUAGCCAGUGUGGAAACAGGUAUAACCCCAUUUGCCUCAAGACUUAUUAAU